AUGCCGCUCCCCGACACCAUGUUCUGCGCGCAGCAGAUCCACAUUCCGCCCGAGCUGCCGGACAUCCUGAAGCAGUUCACCAAGGCCGCCAUCCGCACGCAGCCCGCCGACGUGCUGCAGUGGUCCGCGGGCUAUUUCUCAGCUCUGUCCAGAGGAGAUCCUCUUCCGGUAAAGGACAGAAUCGAAAUGCCCAUGGCCACCCAGAAAACAGACUCGGGCCUGACCCAGGGGCUCCUGAAAGUCUUGCACAAGCAGUGUGGCCACAGGCAAUACGUGGAAUUAGAUGACCUUGAGAAGAAGUGGAAAAAUCUGUGCCUGCCGGUGGAGAAAUUCCGGGCGCUCCUGCUCCUGGACCCCUGCGUCGACAGGAUAGAGUGGAGGAAGUUCUUAGCGCUGGGCUGCAGCACCCUGGGUGGGUCGCUGAACUCCGCCAUGAAGCACCUCUGCGAGAUCCUCACCCAGGACCCCGAGGGGGGCCCCGCUCGGAUCCCGUUCGAGACUUUUGCCUACAUCUACCGCUACCUGGCUGGGUUGGACCCCAAUAUCCUUCCCGCCGAGACGGAGUCCUACCUUAGUAAUCUAAAGAGCAAUGUAGAAGCUAGAAAGAAUGGCAUGGUAGGACUUUCUGAUUUCUUCGUUCCAAAGAGGAAACUUUAGAAAACUUUGAAAUCUCUGAAGAUGUGGACCAUCACUACAGAGAAGAACACAUUUUAAUGUCGAAAUUGUGCUUUUGGAAACCCUUGGCACCAAAUACACGUUGUCAUAAACCACUUGAA